GGCGGGAGGGAAGCCCGAGAGUUCAGUACAGAAUCUGACAGCAACGAGACGACAUGAAAACUCUGACGUUGGUGACGACGCUGGCCAUCCUCGCCUGCGCGGCCCUCGCCCAGGAGAGGGACGCCAGGUUCUUCGAUGGGGCCUUCUUCAGGGACCGAGACAGCCUGAACAUGCAGAAGCAGCUGCGCCUCGACAGCCUGCAGGACACGAUGGACCAGAUCAGCUCCUCGCUCAACACAGCCAUCGACAGACUCUCGGACACCAUCGAGGAACAGGUGGAAGCGUCCCUGCCCCUGAGACUACGAACCACUGAAGAAGCGAGGGAGUCUCCGGAAGGCUACGAAGGACUGGAGGCUAUUUCCGGCACCUUCGGCGAGGGGAUUGAUGAUGGACUGAGGGUGAUCGUGACAACCUUGAGAGAAGUGAUAAACGGUUCAAUCAUCAAGCACCAAAAAGUUCCCCAGAAAACGCACUUCAGCGGAGACUUGGAUGGGGAGCGGGUGGAGGGGCCGAGCUUCGAGGAGGCGUCCCCGGAGCCCGACGAGGAGGUGGAGUUUACCGAGGACGUGGACAGCACCCCGACCUUCUCCUACCGCCCCUCCUUCCCCUUCAGCCCAUUCAACCCCUUCGGUAACCCUUGGAGGCGCCCUGGGACCGGCCUCUUCGACUUCAUGAACCGCCGCCCCGCCUGGUGGAAGGGUCCCAACGUGUGUGUGGAGCGCGAGGAGAUCGACGAGGGGAAGGACCUGGACUCCAGCAUCAAGGAGGGCGAGGAGAGCACCGCGUCAGGCUCCACCCUCGUCUUCAGCGUGGGCAACAUGCAAGUCACCUCCUGCACCGAGACCCGCAACCGAUACACCUGUACGAGCAGGAUCUCCCGCCGCGGCAUCCACAAGACGGUGGUGGUCACGCACAAGUGUUGCCACGGUUACGUACGCGAGGGGGCCGGCUGCUCCAAGGUGGAGUUGAAGUCGAUGCCGGAGACGCUGGAGGAGAUCGGGUCCAACGACUUCCUGACGCUGGUGAAGACGGCGGGCAUGACGGAGAUGCUGGACCAGAACGUGACGCUCUUCGUGCCCACCAACGAGGCCAUGCAGGAGUUCAUGGUGGAGAUGGAGGUGGAGAACGAGCUGGAGACCGAGGGAGUGAAGGGCGACAGGUCAUACAACGAGGUCUUCCCCGCCCUGCGCGCGCCCAUCGAGAACAAGGGGAUGGUGAUGGCCCACGCCACGGAGGGUGUUCUGUACGCCAGCGACCUGCGAGACGAACAGGUGCUGCCGAGCAUGAUGGAGGGCGCCACACUUCGCAUCAACACAUACAGCACCCAGCCGCCCGCCGCCACCGUCAACUGCGCCAGGAUGGUCUCCGUGAACCAGCACUCGACCCACGGCGUGGUGCACUCCAUCGACAAGGUGCUGCAGCCCGUCACCAAGAGCCUGGCCGAACUCAUCACCUCCGACCCUCAGUUCUCCAUCCUCUACCAGCUGGUGGAGAACGCCGGCCUCCUCGACAUGCUGCGGGAGCCUGGCCAGCUGACUCUCUUCGCCCCCACUGACGACGCCUUCCGUUCCCUUUCCGCCCCCGUGCUUGAAGCCCUGCUCGCCAACGACGCCUGUGUGGACGCCAUCGUCAAGAACCACAUCCUGCCCAACGUGAUCUGCUCGGCGGCGGUGCAGGGCAAGGCGCGCACCAUCAACCUGCUGGAGGAGUUCCUGAUGCUGGAGAGGAACGAGGAGGACGAGCUCUUUGUGGAGGACGACGUGAAGGUGGUGGCCAGGGAUGUGAUGGGAACCAACGGAGUGAUGCACGUCGUCAACAAACCCGUCAUGCCCGGUGCCGCCCAGAACGUGGUGGAGGUGAUCCGCGGCCACAACCUCACCCGCUUCCUGGACAUGCUGGAGGCUGCCGACAUGCUGAGCGAACUGUCAGGCCUCAAGGACGUGACUGUCUUCGCGCCGAGCAACCGAGCCAUCGAGUCCCUCCCCGAAGGCGCCCUUGAAGAGAUCAUGAGUGACAAGGACAAGCUGCGGGACCUGCUGAACUACCACAUCACCACCUCCUCCCUCACCGCCUCGGACAUCGCCAACAACCACAUCGCCACCACACGCGCCGACCUGCCGCUCAGGGUCAACCUCUACAACAGGUCGCCACUGCUGGCCGGGCUGGUGCGGGAGACCGGCCACCGCUACAUGCGCCUGACCGCCGGGUGCAGCCGCAUCUCCACCCUGGACUCCCGUGCGUGCGGCGCCGUGGUGCAUGUGGUGGAGAGGCUCCUCACGCCGCCCAAGCCCACUGUGCUGGACAACCUGGAGGCCGACGAGGACUUCUCCAUCUUCACCAAGAUGAUCCACGACACCGGCUUGAACGAGACACUAUCGGGCGAGGGUCCCUUCACCGUGCUGGCGCCCUCAAACCAUGUGUUCAACGCCCUGCCUGACUUCGAGCUGCGGGAACUCAUGGGCGACAGGGACAUGCAGGAGAAGCUCGUCAAGCAACACGUCCUCAAAGAACACCUGUGCUGUGCCGGCAUCAACCCCAACACAUGGUUCUUCAUGGACCACAAGCGGCCCCUGGAAGGCCCGCCGAUCCAUCUUCGCCGCACCAUCGCCGGCAGGAUCAUGGCUGGCUCGGCGCGCAUCACCCACUGCUCCGCCCCGUCCAAGAACGGCCUCGUGCACACCAUCAACCACCUCCUCCUCGACGUCAACCCCAACAGCCGCCAGGACAGGACCCGCACCCCGAUCUUCUCCGCCCCGGGUCUCGAGAUCCUGUUCGGCUGAGCGUGAGUCUUCGGCGCCGCGAGUGGCCAGGAAGGAGCGGCAGAGAUCGAGUGUUUGUGAUUGUGUUGUUGACUGACUGACUGACGAGCUCUCUGCCGCGUUUGUUCUGUUUGGUUGGAGUUGUUUCGCGGUCGUUCUUCUCCUUAUUUAUUCGUGUUAAUUAUUAGUAUAUAUUUUUUCUUUUUUUUGUUAAGGAUUCGUAUAUUGCCAUCAUCUAUUUUGUUGCCCAUAGUUAUUGUUUUGUGAAGUUCAACAUCUACAUUUUGCUGUCCCAGUUCUUCAAUAUUUUACAUUUAUUUUUUCUGUUUUUGCCAAGAAGUUUUAUUUUCGCGCUUGCUGUCAGGCCUGUUUUUAAUAGUAGGAGGACUUGUAGUCUCCUCCAUGUUUUAUUACUUUUAAAAACCCGCACUUGUUAUAUAUAUCAGAAAAAGAGCAUGUAAAUUAUAAAGAUAUGUAUUUUAAAUAGAAACCCCCAGCUAUAAAAGAAAACGGAAGUAGCAUAAAAGAACAGUAUCCUAAUUAUCUUAUACAGGAAAUACAUAAGCAAAUAUAGAGAGGUCUGUGAGGGAAAUGACUGCUUAGGAAACUCGCGCCUUGGAAUAGUACUACAUCAUCAGCGCAGAUAAACACAUACUUAAAGCGUAACGGUCCUACGUAAAAAGUUUCCAGGGUCUGGCGAGUCCUUGUUACAUAUAUUUAGUAUUUAUUGCAGUGCGUAGCAACGUUGCCAGAUUGUCGUACUCAGCCUCUUAUAUUUACCGACUUCCGGCCCAAAACUGUCUCCUGGUCCCCAAUAACGAGCUUCAUUUAUAUUUAUCGUUAAAAUAGUUAAUUCCUGAUGUUUCUUGGCAAUAGUAAGGCGUCAGAAACCGGUAUAUACUAGUAAAUGCUACGCUGAGUACGAUAAUCUGGCAAUGGUGAUGCGUAGAGUUUUGUACCACCGAUGUAGAUGACUCGACGAGGACUGUAGGCAGGCAGGAAAUAACCAACCUAUCGCCUAUAUAGCUGAUGUUUAUUUUUAUUGUUAGUAAUAUCUACUAUUAUCAUUAUUACUAUCUUAUUAUAGCAGAUCUGUGAUUCGCCGGAUGUGGGCCUUAUGAAUACCACCGUAAUAAAUCUUAACAAAAA